AUGGUGACCUUUAGGCAGCUUGGAGAUCUUGUUUGGGUUCAACUAUGGAGAAGGUCCAAGGCAGCUCAGAUCAGGAGCCCAGUCUUGAGGUAUGUGCACAAGGCACUUGCCAACACCUUCUUUGCAAGGAAGGCACCGGGACAAUCAACGAGGGGGAACUCAAGUUUCUUGACAUGGGAAUCAAGCCCUUCUCUCACGCACAAGCGAUGGCAAGAGGAUCAGGGGAGAUAG